AUGCAAGUCCUUCCUCUGGCUCAAAAGAUUUUUCGCAUAGCCAAAAAGGUUGGAAAUGAGGUGAUGUCCAGCCCUAACGGGAUGGGGUUCUGUGCUGGCAGUGCGGUCUCUAUUGUGAUAGCCGUCGUACAAACAGAAGAAUCGAGGAAGGCUGAUGAGCAGAAUGAGAUAAAACAUGAUCAAAGAUGCAAAGAGUUGAAGAAUGCUCUUAGAGAGAGCGAAAGAAAGCUUAUUCUGGUAGUCAAAAAAGAGGCUGCUCAGCCCAGCAAAAAUUUGAAGGAGUUGCUGCAAACCCAUGACAAGCAACACUCAUCGUCUUGGUUUUGGACCGACAGCAGGGUCAACUUUCUCCAAGCGAAGCUAGAAAGUUUUCAGAAGGAAGCUGAGGUGAAAGAGAAGAUGUACCUGGAUGCCAUUGAGGGGUUGGCUAAUGUGAUUUUGGACAUUGACGUACAAGAUCAUGAAAAGAAAGCACACUUAGAGGAGGUGCUUCAGUCUGCGGGGGUUGAAAAAUUCACCCCCGAGGUGGGUGAACAACUUGACACGGAAAAACAUUCCGUCGUUCAUCUAAUACCUGAUCUGAAGAAUCCUCCGGGCAUGAUAGUUCAAGUUCUUGAGGAGGGAUACAUUUGCAAUGGGCGGAUUCUUAGAUGCGCAAAGGUAGGAGUCUCGCGUGCUGUGGAGACCAGGGGAAGAAGCAAAAACGCAUGA